AAGCCCGCUGUAUUUUCUUUUUGAUAAUUAGCAGGCCCCCUGUGUUGGUGCCAAGCAGAAGCUCAAAAAUGGGACACAAAUCUCCUUCAAUCGACGACGAAGAAACUGCAGCGAUAGCUCCGGCUUCGUCAAAACGACAUCGUAAACCCAAACGAGAACAUCAUUCCGAUUCGGACGGAGAAGAAGAUGAUGAUCAUAUCAACGGCGCUGAUAAACACGAUUCAGACUCUGAUUCCGAUUCCGGCAGCAAGCACAGCAGUCGGAGCUCCAGGAAGCGAAGCCGGAGUUCAAAGCGAAGAUCUCGGCGAAAAUACAGCGACGAUGAGUCGGAGUCCGAGUCCGAGUCUGAUUCGAGCUCUGAGUAUUCCGACUCGGAGGAUGAGAGGCGGAGGAGAAAGAGGAGAGAGAGGAAAAGGAGAGAGGAUAGAGAGAGGAGGAGGAGGAGAGAGAAGGAUAAGAAGAAGAAGAGAAGUAAGAGAGAUGAUGAUUCUGAUUCUGAUGAGGAUGAAGAUAGGAAGAGGAAGGAGAAGAAGAAGAAGAAGAGUAAGCGGAAGGAGAAGAGUAAGAAGAAGAAAGAUAAGGGGAAGACCGGAGCGGUUACGAAUACUUGGGGGAAGUAUGGCAUUAUUCGAGAGACUGAUAUGUGGAAUAAGAGACCAGAGUUCACUGCAUGGUUGCUAGAAGUAAAACAGGUGAACUUGGAAAGCUUGCCCAACUGGGAAGAGAAGCAAAUGUUCAAACAAUUCAUGGAGGACCAUAAUACAGCAACUUUUACUUCUAAAAAAUAUUAUGACCUUGAUGCAUAUCACAGACGUAAACUUGAGAAGCAAGUGAAAAAAGGUUUCAAAAAGGUUGUGGACUCUGAGCGUAUUGUGUUUAAUGAUGAAGAACAACGCCGGCUGGAAAUGCAGAAGGAACGUGAAAGACAAAAGGAAGAGCAGGUGGAAGCACUUAAGCUUGCAAUGCAGAGUGGGCAGGCUCAAGCGAUGAAAGAGCAAGCUCAGCUAAGGGAAGAAAUGGCUUACCAGUACAAACUCGGGAACUUUGAGGCUGCAGCUGCUAUUCAGAGAAGAUUGGACCCGGACGUUGCCAUGUAAUUGGUUUAUUUUGAUCUUACUACCCAAGUUUCUGCUUUUCAGAGAAGAUUGGACCCAGAUGUUACCAUGUAAAUGGGUUAUUUUGAUCUUACUACCCCAGUUUAUAACCUGAAUUUGAUUGUACUUGGCAUGAAGCCAAGUGCAUCCUCCUAAAAUUUUAUAAUAGAUUGUAGCAGCAGUAAUGAUGUUCAUUCUUCUUAAAAAAAUAUCCUAGAAAUCAUUAAUGAUGUAUGGUUAAAGAGACAAAGUUUUUACUUGCUGAUAUUACAAAUGGGCACUACAACUUUUUGUUA